AGUUCGUGUACAGGAUACAUUUUGAUCUCAUGGAGCAGUACAAAAUUUGGCAGUAUAAUGUAAUAUUUGUAUUUAAUAAUAUUUUAAACUUAUAAAGCCAAUUAUUUCAUAAUGUUUCCGCAAAGAACAAAGCUGAGAAAGUGACCACUUGAGUUUGAGUCUUUAUCCAGGAAGUGUUUCUCUCCAUUAGGUGCAUACAGGUCUAAGCAGAUUGAGAGAACAGGGGCACUGCCACUAAAAUGAGUCUCUCUGUGGAGAGUGAGGAUGGAGACACUGCCUCUAAAAUGAAUAUUUCUGGGCAACAUGACACCACAGCUAAGAGGGAAAUCUAUCAGGAGAGACCAGCCUCCCCUAUAUCCAGCUGUGUGUCCAUGAAGAGUGACCGGUCUAUGGUUGAACCAAUGAAGUUCAGAAAAGGAGUUUCAGGGGACCAUAAAAAGAGACCAGCCUCUCCGGUACCCAGCUGUCUGUCCAUGAAGAGUGACGGGACUAUACAUAGAUCUAUGGAGUUCAAAGAGGGAAACUUUUCUACACAUCAAAGAGACCAACAAGAGAGAUCAGAGUCUGAGAUUGUUAGUGGUCAAUCUGUCCAGAGUCAUCAAACAGACCUGUCCUCUAUAUUCAGUUUACUUGAACAGAAUAUCAUGAUAUUUGUGAAGAAAGAGUUGGAGAGGUUUAAGGCAAUGCUGAGUUUAGAUCUCCCAGAAGGCUUUGAGAGUCAGAGGGAGGAUGAGGAAGGUGUGGACCUUGAAGAUGAGGAGAAGGAGAGCAGUGCCAAAGAGGGGGUUCUGAAGAUCACACUGCAUGUCCUGAGGAACAUGAACCAGAACGAACUUGCUGACACACUGGAGAAAAGUCAGCCUGCUGUGCUUUGUCAUGAACACAAAUCUAAUCUGAAGAAGAAGUUUCAGUGUGUAUUUGAGGGUAUUGCUAAACAAGGGAACCCAACACUUCUCAAUAAGAUCUACACAGAGCUCUACAUCACAGAGGGUGGAAAGGGAGAAGUCAAUAAUGAACAUGAGGUGAGACAGAUUGAGACAGCAACUCGGAAAAAAGCAAGACCAGAGACAUCAAUUCGAUGUAAUGACAUCUUCAAACCCAUACCUGGACAAGACAAACCUAUCAGAACUGUCUUAACAACAGGUGUCGCUGGAAUUGGAAAAACAGUUUCUGUGCAGAAGUUCAUUUUGGACUGGGCUGAAGGAAAAGCCAAUCAGGGUGUCCAAUUUUUAUUUUCACUCCCUUUUAGGGAGCUGAAUUUGAUGAAAGGGGAAAAAAUCAGUUUGAUUCAACUCAUCAAUCAUUUCUCAAUUGAAACCAAAAACAUGAGAAUCUCUAAAUUCAACAAAUACAAAGUUCUGUUCAUCUUUGAUGGUCUGGAUGAGUGUCGGCUGCCCCUUGACUUCAAGAACAACAAGAGCUGUUGUGAUGUGACAGAGUCAACCUCAGUGGACAUGCUGCUGACAAACCUCAUCAAGGGAAAUCUGCUUCCUUCUGCUCUCCUCUGGAUAACUACCAGACCUGCAGCAGCCAAUCAGAUCCCUUCAGAGUGUGUUGACCAGGUGACAGAGGUCAGAGGGUUCAAUGACCUACAGAAAGAGGAGUACUUCAGGAAGAGAUUCAGUGAUCAGGACCUGGCCAGUAAAAUCAUCUCACACAUAAAGACAUCAAGGAGCCUCCACAUCAUGUGUCACAUACCAGUCUUCUGUUGGAUUGUUGCUACAAUCCUUGAGCACAUGUUGACUACAGAUGAUAAAGUAGAGCUACCAACAACCAUAACAGACAUGUACUCAUACUUCCUUGUGUUUCAGUCCAAACACAGGAAUGUAAAGUAUGAUGGGAAAAAAGAGACAGAUCCACACUGGAAUACAGAGAGCAUUCUGACACUGGGAAAACUGGCUUUUCAACAGCUACAUAAAGGCAAUCUGAUCUUCUAUGAAGAGGACCUGAAAGAGUGUGGCAUUGAUAUUAAUGAAGCAUCAGUGUACUCAGGAGUCUGUACACAGAUCUUUAAAGAGGAAUGUGGGCUGAACCAGGACAAGGUGUUCUGCUUUGUCCAUCUGAGCAUUCAGGAGUUUCUAGCUGCUGUAUAUGUGUUUCUCUCAUUUAUCAACAACAAUGAAAAUCUAAUAGAUGAACAACACUCAACUGAUGGAAAUGUUUCAGUGCAGAUCAGUGACAAGCUUGAAGUCACAUUCUACAAGGCUGCUGUGGAUAAAGCCUUCCAGAGUAAGACUGGACACCUGGACCUUUUUCUCCGCUUCCUUCUGGGUCUCUCACUGGAGUCAAAUCAGAAGCAUUUACAAGGUCUACUGACAAAGACCAGAAGCAGCUCACAGAGCCAUAAUGAAACAGUCAAGUACAUCAAGGAGAAGAUCAGGGAGAAUCCCUCUUCAGAGAGGUGCAUCAAUCUGUUCCACUGUCUGAAUGAACUGAAUGACCAUUCUCUAGUGGAGGAGAUCCAAAGAUACCUGAGUUCAGGAAGUCUCUCCAGAGAAGAACUGACACCUGCACAGUGGUCAGCUCUGGUCUUUGUGUUACUGACUUCAGAAAAGGAGAUUGAUGUGUUUGACCUGAAGAAAUACUCUACAUCAGAGAAAGGUCUUCUGGGGUUGCUGGCAGUGGUCAAAACCUGCAGAUCUGCUCUACUGUCAGGUUGUGGAAUCACUGAGGAAGGCUGUGCUUCUCUGGUCUCAGCUCUGAAGUCAAACCCCUCACACCUGAAAGAAUUGGAUCUGAGUAACAAUGACCUGAAGGAUACGGGAGUGGAGAAGCUCUCUGCUCUGCUGAAGGACCCACAAUGUAGACUGGAGACUCUGAGGCUGUCAGGCUGUCUGGUCACUGAGAAAGGCUGUGCUUCUCUGGUCUCAGCUCUGAAGUUAAACCCCUCACAUCUGAAAAAACUGGAUUUAAGCUACAAUCACCCAGGAGACGCAGGAGUCAGACUGCUCUCUGCUGGACUGGAGGAUCCACACUGGAGACUGGAGAAACUCAAACUGUCAGGUUGUGGAAUCACUGAGGAAGGCUGUUCUUCACUGGUCUCAGCUCUGAAGUCAAACCCCUCACACCUGAAAGAACUGGAUCUGAGUCACAAUGACUUGAUGGAUACGGGAGUGGAGAAGCUCUCUGCUCUGCUGAAGGACCCAGGAUGUAGACUGGAGACUCUGAGGCUGUCAGGCUGUCUGGUCACAGAGGGAGGCUGUGCAUCUCUGGUCUCAGCUCUGAAGUCAAACCCCUCAACCCUGAAAGAACUGGAUCUGAGUAACAAUGACCUGAAGGAUACAGGUGUUGAGUGUCUCUCUGAUAUGCUAAAGGAUCCACAAUGUAAACUGGAGACUCUGAGGCUGUCAGGCUGUCUGGUUACAGAGGAAGGCUGUGGUGUUUUGUCUGAGUGUCUUAAAAUCCAGUAUAUGACAAUAAAGAAGUAA